UGUUAACCAGGUACUAAUAAGUGUUAAGGCUUCGACCUCAUUCAUUCUGCAUCAUUUAUCCACUAAUAAUCACUAAUUGUCACCUAAGAGGGCAUUCAACGUUAGGAUAGCCCACUCAAUAGGCUCAUUUCGGCUUUCAUUCCAACAUCCUCGGCCGUGGCUCUCUCUCACACACACUCUCUCUCUCUCUCUUUCUUCUCUCCAUUCGCGCACCAUUGAACUUUUGCUAUAAUCCUUCGUAUCCCCUGGAAUCAAAACUCUUACUGAAACACUUCAAGUAUGUGCCUGUCUCUCACUUGUCAUUUUUCUCCUUGGCUUCCAUUCGGCAUAAUUCACGCGGAGAAAUGAGUUACCUUAGCUGCCUGACAAGCCAAGGCGCUAAGUGUCCCAGUUCAUGUCGUCAUCUCCAGCAGCACGUGAGAAGUCGAUACUCAGUACCAACUCCUAUCUACCUUUUUUAUUUAUUUUAUAUGAUUCUUCACUUGCUGUGUCUGCAAUCAGCUGCAUUCAGGCGUUUCCCGUUACGAGACAUCGGGACACGUCCCCUCGUUCUCGGUGGUCAGGUGAAUUGUGUUAAUUGUGUCACUCACACGCGUUAUCUGUCCUACACGUCGUAUGGUGACGCUGCUGCAGAUGUGGCGCUCAUCAUUGUCCUCUUUUCACCCCAGACGCCUGUCAGCUCGCUGGUCGCAGAGUCCUCCUGUUAUGAAGUUGAAUGCAGUGAUCAUAGCGUCGUCCUGCAUCAAGCAUAUCACACAUCUCAGGCAGUCCUAAGUUUCUCCGACUUGCAUUCCACUCGGCCCACAUCAGUCAUGAUCUACUGUUGAACCCAAACCUUGCGUGGGAAAUGAGACUGCGAGAACGACGACAUUGUAUGGUAGAUUGUAAGAAAGGUUGCGAGCGUGGGAUAAGUCACCU